GUUACAAAUUUUUGUCAACUCCAUAUACAGUGUACACAGAGAGAGGGAUGAUAGCACACAAGGCAUUGUAGUGCAUACAAAUAGAGCUCUACAGUGAUGAGUGGAAGGGAUCUGCAUACAUUCAUUACAAGCUACAGAGCCGAAGAUGUGGAAAAACUGACACUGCGGAUGAAAAAUGGUCUUGGCAGCUCUAAGUACAAACCGGCUGAAUACAAACGACUACAAGCCGUUGUUGAUGCCAAACGCCUGGAGUCUGAUCUAAUUGGAUUAAAGGUUCAGAGGACCCGUUGUGCGGCCAAGGCAACCAAGGAGAGCUCCAUAUUACGACAGCACAGACAGGUGUGGAGCAGAGAGUGCCCCAGGCAGCAAAAGGCUGAGGAGAAGGCUGAGAAUGACAUCCAUGAUUUUCUUGAACAGAUCAGGCCAAAUGGUAGAACAGACACUGCCGUCUUCUCACUUCAAGAUUAUGGGCUGCUCCUAGGGAGAGAGCAGGAGGCGUUCAGGAUGGCCACGGUGGAGCCUGUUCAUCAGCUCAAUGAUGACCUGCGCUUCAGACUGGGUGAAGUACAACAUCAGCCGCUCACUGCCCAUCGAUCAAACUGGGAACAAGUAAUACAACAGAUAAACUUUGUGAAGGACCAGCAAGAUGACAUAACUGCAAAACUUCAAGCAGAGAGCCUGGACCUGGAGGAGGAGAUCAUUGGCCUUGGAUUAGAAAAAUAUCUUACUAGUACUUCAGAAAAUCAGGUGAACAUGGAAAACAUUCCAGAGGAGGUUUUGGAUUCAGACUGCAUUUACCCAGAGCUGAAGGACUCCCUGAUCCAGGCCUUCCUCUCCCUGUCAGAAAGGUACCAGAGGAGGCUGCAGAGUCUCCAAGAUCAGCUGCAAAGAACUGACAGGUUCUGUGGCUGGUGUGCAGACGACCACCAGCGCUUCCAGUUCACUUUGUCCCAGUACACUCAUGACAUACCCAACCACAGAGCGCUCUGCAUGGACAUGCUGCAAAGACUCUUCCCUGAGAAAACUAGAGAAGAGCUGAUGGAGCAUGAGCGUGUGUGGGACUGGCAGCGCUUCACCCAGGCACAGCUGAGAGUGGUGACCCAGCAGCGUCAGCGGGACCAGGAGGAGCUGCUGGCCAGAGCUCUGGCCACCCUGCAGGAGGCGAGACAUGCCCACCAGGAGGAGCUGGAGCUCCACAGAGGCCGCCAGCACCAGCAGGACAUCUGCUCGCAUCUCAGAGAGAAGCUGCAGCGGUGGCGGGCCCAGCAGGAGGAGGUGGCGAAGCUGGAGGCAGCUAUAGCGGCUAGACAACAAGAGGAGGAAGAGGCGAGGCUGAAGAGGGAGCAGGAGAAGGAGGCCGCCAUGAGGUCAAAGCACAAAGAACAAGUCAGGCAGUUUUAUUUACAACAGCAGAGGAGGAGGGAGAGGCUGGAGCGGAGGGAUCGAGAGAGGCUCGCUAAUCUCAGGAGUGCCAUGGAAGAGCAGGCAAGGCAAGAUAAAGAAAGGGUGCAGUUUCGGGCUGAUAUGCUGCAGCGGCGAAGGGAAGAGAGAGAGACGCGGGAGCUUGAGCGGCAGAGAGAAGAAGAAGAGAAACAGAAUCGUCUGGAAGCUCUCAGAAACCAGGUCGGGGUGGUGGCAGAGGCAGACCCAGAGAGGAUGAUGGCAGAUACAGAGGCUUGGAAGAGUCGACACUUGAAUGUAAAGGAGUUUGAGCUCCAAAGGCCUCUCUACAGUAUUCACACGUACACAGACACACAGAUUGUGUCUGAUCCAAGAGUUCGGGUUGAGCAGGCUCUGCGGGAGGCCGGUCUGCAGCACAGCCAGUAUGCCAAAGAGGUCCUGUCUGUUAUCAUGCCCCCUAAACCGCCUAGACGAGAUACCAAAUCCACACUCAAGUUCUGACCAGGGGCUUGUUUGGGGUCAUAUCAUUAAAGGGUAACUUCUGUAUUUUUCAACCCUAUUUUCCCAUGUUUUUGUGUCUAAAAGGGACAAAUGGGCACCACACUUUUUAAAUUGGUCCAGUUUUUAGGGAUAACCCUGUAAUCAGCAGCCACGAAACAAUCUGCGAGUGCUUGUUUUUGCCACUGACAGGCUCAUAUUGUUAUUAUAAGUGUCUGACAACAUUAUGGAAAGAACCCUAAAGAGAAAUGAAACAUCUUCAUUACUUUUCGCUUGAUCUGGUCUUUCUGUUAUUGUGUCCAAGUCUCUUUGUAGACGUGAAGACUUCUCCUUGAGCGAGACUCUUUCCAUAAUGUCAGACUCUUAUAACAACAAUCAGAGCCUAUUAUGGCAAAAACAAGCACUUUAAGUGGACGUAAAUGACGGUGCCAGCUUGCCCCAAUGGCACCAUAUUGCAGCCCGUGAGCAGCUGCCGUCUACAGCGCUCUCCUUCAAUACAGGAAAUACUCAGAAAUUGUCGUCCUUAUUAGUCAGUUAGACACAAAAACAUCCAGGUUGAAAAAUACUGAAGUGACCCUUUAAGUCCAACACUUGUUCUGGUUUUGAGCAUUAUAUUAAAUGUAAAUAAUACCUUUUAAUAAGCAGAAUCAUAUUCACAGUUGGACUGAUCACAACGUUUGGUACAACAGCUACUGCACUCACAGAGUCAACUGAUUUACAGUAGCUACACUAUUGACCGCCAAGUGACACAAAGCAAUUACUAUUAUUGACUUUUAUUGAAUGUUUUAUACUUUACAACACCUCAUGAAAAAUACAGUAUCACUGAGUGAUGAUAAACAUGUACCGCCAACACAUGAACAUGACCUCUCUGCACAUUUAUCCAUAUUUAUUGACCGCUUAUGUUACUGUCAGGAAUUUUUGCAUAAACAAGCGUGUGUGGCAGAAGCAACUAAAUGUAA